GCCACAGUUGGUUAGGCAUUUAACCAUCGACAAGAGGAAAGCUUUGAUGCUCCGGCUCACUUUAACAAAAUGUCGGCUUCGGACGGCUAUGUGAAAUUUGUCAGUUAGCUUACAAAACCUCCGGUGCACGUUAGCUCCACCACCAUCGUCGGAAUCGCCGGACGCGACCGAGCUCUCUGUCCAAUUGCAUUGUUGAAAUCACCUGCAGCGGCAAAGCGGCGACAAGAUACGGCGCACAAUAGCGCGGAAAAUCUUGACCGAAUUCAAUUAUUGUAUUGGUUAGUUCUGUGUUAUCAGGAAAACAAAUAUAAUUGUCAGAGCGAUUCCGCUCGUUACUGAUUUCCGAAAAAGCGAUUUACGGAUUUGGCGUGAACAUCCAUCGGAUCGAUCUGCUUCGAGGGUGAGAGAGUGGAGGAGAGGCGUUGAAAUUUUGCUUUCAUUUUCCUGUUUUGUUUCUGGUGCGAGGUAUUAAUAUAUUGAGAGAGGAGAUAUGGUGGUGGGAUGAAGGUGGAGAAGAAGGGAUAUGGCGAGGGUAGAGUGGGGUUAUCAAGGAAGAGGUAAAUGGGCGUGCUCGUACAAGAAAACCACUCUCAUCAUUUGCUCUAUCAACAUUAUCGUUGCUCUCUAUGUUUUUCGAUCUCUAUAUGCUUCCCUCUACCUCUAUACGGAUAAUGAUUCACGAAGUGUUGUAAAGUACACUCCGGAUCAGAUUAGAAAAAUGGAGGAGUUUAUUCGGAUUCGGAGGGCCUCGGAGCCGGUAGAGCUCAUUAAAUUGGUCAAGGAGCUUAAAGAAUUCUCCCAAGAACAGACGAUGGAUGAAUUACCUCGUCCAUUGAAACAGAAGAUAACCGAGGAAAUUCUUCUGAAGUUGAGAAGCUUGAAUGCUAGCUCAAAUAGUACUGAUCAGAGAGAAGCAGUAGAAAGCUGGAGAAAGGAAAAACUGGAAGAAGCAAAUAAGUUGAUCACAGAGCAAAUGGUUGAAAAUUCAACUCUUUCUUUUGAAGAUGCUGGGAUUCUAGUAAAAGCCUUGGAGACUGAUUGGGCAGUGCUGUCUGAAGCAAUUGGUCUGUGGAUACCUGCAGAGAUCUUCCACACGGAACAUGAUGAUAAGCCUGAGGGCAUAGAUGAAUUCGAUGAUGAGAUUUUACCUGGCAGACCAGUUCCACCUGAAUGUCAUGCUGAGCUCCACACAGAUUACGAUGGUGCUGCGGUAAGAUGGGGUCUAACUCAUCAUAAAGAAAGUGCAGCCGAUUGCUGUCAGGCAUGCUUGGAUCAUGCAAAACGUGCGCAACCAGGUGAUAGGAAAUGCAACAUCUGGGUUUACUGUCCAUCUGAGACUGGAUGCCACUCUCCUGAUAUCUACGAACAUAAACAUAUGGAAUGCUGGCUGAAAUAUGCAGAAAAUCCCAAACUGAAUUUCAAGACCAACUAUCCGCAAUCUUACAGAAACUCACACCCGACUGCGCCGCUGGUUGUCCCUUGGGUCUCUGGUGUUGUCAGUGCGUAAUUGUACAACAAAUCAGGCAAGGAAUUACUACCAAAAUGUUUAUGGCUUUGCUGUUCAUAGAGUUGCACGAAUGAAAAUUUUGAGGGUUGUUAGGUGUUUAGGGUGACUAGCAUUUGAUUGAAUCUGUUUGAAUCAUAUCUGUCUUACAUCUCAUGUAAGAUUUAACACGGGUUGGCAAUCCUGGUGCCCAUGACUUCAGAUUACAAGUCUGGCGCUGAGAUGAGAUUGAUCUUAGAAGUAACAUGAAAAGGAAAGGCCAUUUUGUUGACUAUUAACUUUUUAAAUUUUAUUCAUUACGCUCAGGAUGACAGUUUCUGAGCUCUGAGCUUACUCUC